AUGGCCGCUUCUCAGUCCCUGCCCACGAAAGUGAUCGCAGGUGUGACUGUUCCUGAUACGCCGCUCAUCACAAAAGCUAUAGAUUUCGUCCGUCAAUAUUCGACAGAUGACACUUUCAAUCACAUCAUCCGAUCCUUUCUACUAGGUUUUAUCAUCGCCGACAAAAUCCUCCCCGACCGAGACCGCGAGGCCCAUGCCGUUGCUGCAGUUAUGCACGACCUCGGCUUUCCCAUCGGCCACCCUCCCCACUCUGAGAUUAUAUCAAAAGACAAGAGAUUUGAAGUUGAUGGAGCCAAUGCCGCCCGAAACUUCCUCAAGAGGGAGGCUCCAGACUGGGACAAGCAUAGAUUGCAGCUGGUGUGGGACGCAAUAGCUCUACAUACCACAGGAUCCAUUGUGUUCGAGAAAGAGCCCGAAGUACAAGCGUGCAGUUAUGGGAUAUGGGCAGACUUUCAGGGACCAGAUAGGGUACCAGGCGAACUUUUGGGCUGGGACGAGUAUAACCGCGUGGUCAAGGCAGGCUGGACAGUACCCUCGGCUGAGAAGAUCUUGCAUGCUGACUUUCCCUGCCCACAGGAAUAUCCUAGAUUGGGUCUUAUGAAAGGAUUAAAAGCCAAUAUGUGCCAUCUUUGCGAGCUAAAACCUCAGACAACGUAUGACAAUACGGUGGGUGAGUGGGGAGACCGAUAUGUUGAAGGAUAUAGCAGAAAGGGAAAAUUGACUCAAGAUCUUCUUGAGACGUGCAACCUCGAUGACUUAUGA